GCACAUGCGCAGUGCACCGCCGGCCUCUGUAGCAAUGCAAAGAUGGCGUCCUCCCUGGCUAUCUGCAAUGCACGUUUACUCUCUGUAGGACUGUCUUCUGGCCACCGUCGAGCUUGGUCGCUGCUUGCCUCGGCUAGACAUGGAGAAACCUGUGCCACGGCGAUCUUGGGGAUACAACGGUGCAGGAUAGGGGGCGACUUUGGCUGUUUGAGACCUGAAAAUGCAGUGACAUUGAGACUCACAGGACUGAGGUCCCCCCAUGUUGUCAGCAGUAGUCACUCCUUCCACACCAGCUGCUCCUCAGCUAACAAACAGGACUUGUAUGAUGUUCUGGGGGUGCCUCGCACAGCCACUCAGAAAGAGAUCAAGAAAGCCUACUAUCAGAUGGCUAAGAAGUACCACCCAGACACCAACCAGGAUGACCCUCAGGCCAAGGAGAAGUUUGCCAAGCUGGCAGAAGCCUACGAGGUGCUGAGUGACGAGGUCAAGAGGAAGCAGUAUGACACAUACGGGGCGGCAGGCUUCGACCCCAGCCAGGCGGGAGGGGGGGCUGGGGGACAGCAGUACUGGAGGGCCGGGGGGGCCAGCGUCGACCCAGAGGAAAUGUUCAGGAAGAUCUUCGGGGAGUUCACAGGAGCGCAGGGUUUCGGAGACUUCAACAGCAUGUUUGAACAGAGGCCAGAGGUGUGGUUAUAACAGAUUAAUAACCCGGUUAUAACAAGUUUCAUGAUUCGGUAUAGAAAUAGAAUUGGUAGAAUAGAUGUUCGGUGUAGCGAGCCAGGAACCAAGGUCCAGCACUGUCACUACUGUAAAGGCACCGGCAUGGAGUCUAUAAACACCGGUCCCUUCAUGAUGCGCUCAACGUGUCGACGCUGUGGUGGGCGGGGCUCCAUCGUGACCACGCCCUGCGUGAUGUGUCGUGGCUCUGGGCAGACCAAACAGAGACAGACCGUCACCGUGCCUGUACCCGCAGGAGUAGACAAUGGACAGACUGUACGAAUGCCAGUGGGGAAGAAGGAAAUCCACAUCACUUUUAGAGUCCAGAGGAGUCCAGUGUUCAGACGUGAUGGGAUCAACAUCCACUCUGAUGUCCACAUCUCUGUAGCCCAGGCUAUUCUGGGGGGCUCUGCUAGAGCACAGGGACUCUACAACACCAUAGAUAUACAGAUCCCUCCAGGUUGCCAGGCCGACCAGAAGAUCCGUCUUCAGGGAAAGGGGAUCCAGAGGAUGAACAGCUAUAGUUAUGGAGAUCACUACGUUCACAUCAAGAUCAGAGUACCUAAGAAGUUAACCCGUCGACAGCGCUCCCUGCUGCUGAGUUAUGCAGAGGAGGAGACUGACGUGGAGGGGACUGUCAACGGAGUCACUGCUGCUACCACAGGUAAGAGAUCAACAGGACAAUAAUGGGAGAAGGUAAGCGACUGGCACUCCGUCCCGCUCACUACCCUCCCUCACCUACCGCCUGGAUAGAGGGAGAGAAAGAGGGAGAGAAAUUGAGGGGUUUGGAUUUGUUGUAAGAUCAUCCAUUUAGACACGGAACGGGCCACCAAGAAAGCCAAGCCCUGCCACACACUGUUCAGUCCUAAAUGACACGGAACGGGCCACCAAGAAAGCCAAGCCCUGCCACACACUGUUCAGUCCUAAAUGACACGGAACGGGCCACCAAGAAAGCCAAGCCCUGCCACACACUGUUCAGUCCCAAAUGACACAGGUGUUGGAUUGAGGAACUAAAAACUUGUUUUACCUGGAGGGGAUUCAAAAUGGACGUCAGCAAGGAGUACAGGAGAAGAUUUGCAAAGAGAAGCGAAAACAAUAAUUUGAGAGGGCUUUUCACAAUGAGUGUGUUUCAGAUACACAAAUUCUGCACAGAUGAUCAGGACCUGUAUACAGAGUAGGAGUGCUGAUCUAGGAUCAGUUGUCCAUUCAUUUUUAUCAGAGGCAAAACUGAUCCCAGAUCAGCAUUCCUACUAUGAGACGGGCCCUGAUCUUACAAUGGCUGGUCUGGAGAAGUGUCUCAGGAACCACGUCCAUAAGAGAGUGUUUGUAUAAUCUGUGCAGAAUGUGUCUAGAACUCACCCAUUGGCAUCAUGUUGUGGUCUGAUAAAGGCUGAUGCAUUUCGUUGUAUUGUCAUUGUGGUGUUGUAUGUGUAAGGGACAACACAGCUGUGCAAGACUUUGUUAAUAAAAUAUUGAAGCUGAAAUACAACUUCAUCAUACAUAAAAAUGCUUAAUUGUGGUAAACAUAGUUGUAUCAGUGCAUCUCUAAACCCUUCUGGAGUACAGUAUAGGUGAACCAUGUUUAUUUGGCAGCAAUUGGAAAACAUAGUAGUAGAUAUACUAUAUCUACUACAACAAUAACGCCACAUCAAUCUAUAUGCACAAAAAUAACAAUGUUGGUUUCUCCAUGUGAUCUGUCACACUCUUUUCCCUCAUCAUUCCCUUUUCUGUUGUUUUCCCCUCACAUUGUUUACCAGUCUGCCUCGCUGUUCUCUGAACCUUAAUCUUCUCUCGAUCUCCUUCCAUUCAAAUCCAAUUUGAUUUGUCGCAUACUUCAUAAACAGGUGUAGACACAGUGAAAUGCUUACAGGUCCACCCCAACAGCGUAAAGGAUAAAACAUCCUAGAAAAAUAGUAACACAAGGAAUAAAUACACAAUGAGUAAUAUAUAUAUCACACACACAUGUGUUGCGGUGUCAGUGUGAGGGUAGAGUCAAAAGAGUUAGUGCAAAAAGGGUGCGUGCAUAUAGUCUUAACUAUUUAGCAGUCUUCUGGUUUGGGGGUAGAAGCUAAUCAGGGUCCAGUUGGUUCCAGACAGCCAGUGCAUUGCAAUAUACUGUGCAUGUUUUUGUUUUCUUCAUGUCUUUUUUCAUUAUUUGAUCUUAGCGAAUCACACUACAGCGGAGCAGGGCUCCAAAUCAAUACAUUCUCUAACUCAGCUUCUCAUCUCCUCUCCCCUCUCAUUUUCUUAAAUAAAUUGUGUAUCCAAUGUAGAACCUGGUCGAACAUCACAUUAAAUUUGAUAAUCAUC